UCAUUUUGUCCAUCUUAUCAAAAGUUGUCCUCUUCCACAAAUUGUGGAAGAAAAAUCUUCCUAAAAUUUGGUAUUUCCCAUCUAAAUUCAUUGUGAAUAUCUAUUCCAACAAACAUGGUAUUGACCGCUGAUGUUCAUUUACCAGAAGAGUCAGAAUUGACCGUUGAAGAAGUAAAUCUAUCAUCAGCAACUUUACGAGCUGGCUCUUUUCAUUUAGGAAAAUAUUGUGAGACCGUUAAUAAUGAGUUUAUGCUUUGUCGCUAUGAAGAGAAGGAUCCAAGAAAGUGUAUCAAUGAAGGCAAGGCUGUCACAGCUUGUACGUUAGAGUUUUUCCGUAAAGUGAAGAAAGUGUGCCUGGCUGAGUUCAAUCAAUAUGCCAAUUGCCUUGACAAGAGCUCUGGUGAUCAUGGCUUAAAACACUGCCGCACAACCCAAGGUGUCUAUGAUAAGUGCAUGCUGGAUAAGCUGAACUUGGAAAGACCUGGCUUUGGAUACUUCACAGAAGUGAGAGUGCAUGAUUCUAAGAGACCUAAACCACCAGUUGAGGAGAAAGCUGUGUACCCUGAUGCAACUCCAGCCCUUCCCGAUGAUGUGGAGAGGAAGCCAGCACGAUUUGGCUCUCGAUUCUACUGGAUGACAGAGUAAAACAAAUACAUUGCAAAUAAGAGUAGUGGGAUUUGUUAGUGAAAAUAAGCGAUAAUGAGGAAGUGUAAUAUAUGAAGAAAUCAUAGUC